CUCUUUCAAGUGGCCUGGAAGCUGCAAAUUAUCUCAAGAUCACUUCAAAGGUCUCGUCAAGCAGAAGGUGUCGCUCCGAGAUGAUUUAAAGGUGAAAAUGACAGGGCGCCCACCCCUCAACCCUUGGCUACUUUUCUGACCGCCUGGGAGAGACAAGGGACGGCAAGAGCGAGCUUGGAUGUCUUCGUCGCUCUUGGCGGAGGAUUGUCCACGAGAAAGAGAGGCAAAUAAAAGAAAAUAAAAUUGUCUCGCUCGUCCGAAAGAGAAGAAAUCGUGCUCAAGAAGAUCACUGGUGAAGCUGCCUUCCAACCCCCCCAACCCUUCUUCUUGAAUCCCCGAUGGUGGUGCGGAUGGAUUUUUUAAAGAAAAGCGCGAAAUCUUUCCAAUGAACGCUACUAGAGCGCUUUGCUUUGGGUUGGAAUCCUCAGAGAAUGGCCGUGGUCUCUGCAAUGUCCUGGGUCCUGUAUUUAUGGAUAAGUGCCUGCGCCAUGCUGCUCUGUCAGGGGUCAUUUCACCACACUUUCCAGCAGCAGCAUCUGCACAGACCAGAAGGAGGAACAUGUGAAGUUAUAGCAGCACACAGAUGUUGUAAUAAGAAUAGGAUUGAAGAGAGAUCACAAACAGUAAAAUGCUCCUGUCUGCCUGGGAAAGUGGCUGGGACAACGCGGAACAGACCAUCAUGUGUUGACGCCUCAAUAGUCAUUGGGAAAUGGUGGUGCGAGAUGGAGCCCUGCCUAGAGGGUGAAGAGUGCAAGACGUUACCUGACAAUUCAGGGUGGAUGUGUGCAACUGGCAAUAAAGUCAAGACCACCAGAAUUCAUCCGAGAACUUAACAAAAAAUCUUCCUACAGCAGCCAGUGAAGGGAUCCCAUAACAGAUAGAGGACAAAAAUCUUCAAACUUUAAACCAUCUCCAGCUUUUACAAGCCCAAUGGGAUGUUUUUUAUUUGCACUUUAACUCUGUACAAGAGGAGACUACAGUGGCUUUACUUGUGUGGAGUCAAAUGCCCUAGGAAAACAAGGCACCAGAUUUGACAACAGAGAACAGAAGGAAGGAAGGAGUUCUUGAGAAGCAAGUUUUAAGAUUUUGGAAUGUGAAUGACAGUCCUAUGAGUGUGGAUGUACAAUUUUUCUUUGUAUCUUUAAAAUAUAUAAAUAUAUGAGAUAUUUGGGGGGGGAAGAGCCUGACUCUUUGAAAACUGACCUACAUUUUGCUGAAAUUGCUUUGUAACUUUUUUUAAAAAAAUAGCAAGGAAGUUUUGGAGGUCAAGGAGACUGUGGGAAGAGAAUUUAAAACAAGAAUGACUACUGACAAAAGAACUGGAAUGUUGCUUCUUUUUCUAUUACGGUUACCAUUAUUUCAACUGGACGUUCAAGGGAAUUACAUUGUUCCAUUUUCCUGUGUUCUGGAGUCCUUUUUUUCUUUUUCUCCUCGUGCAACAAUAGCAUGCUGGCUUUGCUUCCAUUAACCAUACUUUAUACUUAAUUGAUAUGUAAUACCACUUCUACCUUCUUCCAAGGAUGUCUUUUCAGGGCCAUAGCUGUCCCACAAAGAAGAGAAAGAUGACUCUUGCCUUUUUUGCGAGGGGAACACAGUUCUACAUUCAGAAAUUUAUUUGGCAGACUUUGGGUAGACUUGAAGCCACCUUAUUAAAG